UAACAAUACCAAGGACCCGCUCACACUCCACGGGAAUGAAAGGUGGCAUUUCUGAUUGAACAGGUAAGGGGGUGCCAUGCCAGCUGUUGCUCCCCUGCUGCUCCUCCUCGCCAUCUGGUGGAGGCCCCUGGUAUUACUCUUGCUGUUGCCCUUCACCCUGAAUGAGACCCACAAGGUGGCCGCCCGUCCCCCCAGUGUCCUGCCCAACCCUGCGUUCACAUCGGUCAACAAAGCUCCCUUGAACCACAUGCUCCUGGACCCCGGCUCAGGACAUGUGUACGUCGGGGGUGUCAAUGCUCUCUACCACCUCUCCUCUGACUUGCAGCUCCUGUCAUGGGGGAGAACAGGACCCAAACUGGACAGUCCUGAGUGCUUGCCCCCCAUCGACAAGAAAGACUGUACGCAAGCGAAGAUGAUGAACAACACCAACAAGCUCCUGCUGCUGGAGGAAGGGGGGGAACCUCGGAGUCUGAUCGUGUGCGGAACCGCCCUGCAGGGCAUCUGCGAGAAACGGAGUCUGGGAAACGUGUCGGAAGUCUUGUACCAGACGGCCAACCCUGUGGACACCCAGUACGUGGUGGCCAACGAUCCGCGCGUCUCCACGGUCGGGGUGCUGGUGAAACCCAACAAGACGGGCUGGCGGAUGCUGGUCGGCCGUGGCUACACCAGCAAAGGCCCGGGAGGCAUUCCUCCCAUAACCAUUCGCUGGGUGGCCACCACGCCGGAGCACGUGGCUCGUGCCUUCUCCCACGAGGAUCUGGGCAAGUUGGUAGUGGGCAGCUAUUCAGAGUUCAACAACAACUUUGUCACGGCUCUGUACCACAACAAGCAUAUCUACUUUCUGUUUUCCCGCCGUUACAACCGAGAGUACCGGACGUACGCCUCGCGCAUCUGCGUCGAAGACUCCAGCUUCUACUCCUACGUGGAGGUGCCGCUCUCCUGCGGGAAAGAUUACAACCUGGCGCAAGCUGCCAGUCUAGGGACCCACCAAGGAGCAUCCACCCUCUUCGUUGCUAUGGCGGCGGGCCAGGCGUCAACUCCGACGCCUACGGAGCGUUCGGCUCUGUGCGCGUACAGCAUGGAGCAGCUAGACUCCGCGCUGCGUCACGCCCAGCUGCUGUGUUACACACAGGAAGGCAAAUCGGACAGCAACCAAGAGGAAGCCUACAUCGCCUACGGAGUGUCCUCCAAAUGUCUUCGACUGCCCAAGGACUCGCUGAAUGAAUACCCCUGCGGAGGCGAACACACCCCCAAUCCGAUCGCCAGCACCGUUGCCCUUAAGGCCUCGCCCUUUCUGGAAAGGACCACCCAGCUCACGGCUGUUACCACGGCUACUGAAGCAGGACACACCAUCGCUCUCUUGGGGGACAAGAGUGGGCAGCUGCACAAGGUGUUUUUGAAUCAGAAUGGCACAGGAACGCUGUAUGACUCAGUGGAGGUGGAUAAAGACAGCCCUGUCAACGCUGAUCUGCUUUUGGACUCAAAGGGACAAAAUGUUUAUGCUCUGACUGAGAAAAGGGUCACACGGCUGGAGGUGGCUCAGUGCGAUCAGCAUUUGGACUGCCAGUCCUGUCUGUCGGCCAGAGACCCGUACUGCGGCUGGUGCACGCUGGAGGGCAGGUGCACGCGGAAACUGGAGUGUGAACGUAACGCCCAGCGGAACCACUGGCUCUGGAGCUACGGGCCCGCGCAGCAGUGUGUCAGCAUGCAGAGUCUGGACCCAGCUCUGCUCAGCAGAGAUGAAGAAACACAGGUCUCUUUUACCGUCGAACAGUUGCCUGCAUUGUCGGAAAGCGAGUCUCUCUCUUGCGCUUUUGGUAACCUGCCCGCUCAGUCUGCAGUUGUCAUGGAGAAUAAAAUCACCUGCCAGUCACCCUCACCGGAGCUCCUCCCCCAAAGCCCACCAGGCAACGAUCACAUGGUUCUGCGCGUGGCACUGAAAUUUGGAGAGGUGACCAUCGCACAUGUCAACCUGACCUUUUAUGACUGCAAGGCCGUGGGGCGACUCAACACCACCUCACCGUGUAUGGCGUGUGUGAGCAGUGACUGGCCGUGUCAUUGGUGUGCUCUAGAUGAGCUUUGCACACACAAUGAAAACUGUGCCCAGGAGCACAUCAUCUAUAACUCAAAGACACAGUCAGAGCCCCGUGGUUUGGACGCCUGCCCGUGUGUGUCUGCCCUGUUGGGCUCUCCGCUGGUCCCUGUGGGCUUUGACACACAGCUCACUCUACAGGGAAAAAACCUGGACAUGUUUAAGGACAGGGGGGAUUAUGACUGUGUGGUGGUCAUCGAGGGAAAAGAGAUUGUUUUGCCUGCUACCCUGGACGAAGGCAAAGGCACAGACAUCUUCACAUGUGCUGCUCAUCAGUUUCAGUACACUUUGAAAGAGCUGGAGUAUUCUGCCCCAGUUUAUCUAAAGAGUGGCACUCAACACAUAGACUCAGCUCCACAUCUACGACUGAGACUCUAUGAUUGCUCUGUGGGCCAGUCAGACUGCAGUCAGUGUCGUGCAGUGUCAUUAGAAUAUGGCUGUGUGUGGUGUGAAGGAGAAAAUCCUGGUUGUGUUUUCAACCGUUCCUGUUCGACCAGCCCUGCAGACACCUGCCCACUGCCAACCAUCACUGAGAUCCAUCCGUUGACCGGGCCGUUGGAAGGAGGCAUUCGUCUGACCAUCAGUGGCUCUAACCUGGGCCAGAGAUACGAGGACAUCCAGACAGGCGUGACUGUGGCCGGGCUCGGAUGCCAGCCUGUGCCCGAGGGUUACCUCAUAUCCACCAGGAUAGUGUGUGAGCUUCAGCCCAGCGACAGAGAGAUUACAGGACCAGUCAACGUCCGAGUAGGAGAUUCAGACCCAGGACACUCCAAUGUCUCUUUCACUUAUCAGGACCCGCAGCUCAGCGGUAUUGCACCUGAUAAGGGUCCCGUGGCAGGGGGUACACUGCUCACUGUGAAAGGUUCCAAACUGACGACUGGACAGAGGCGAGAUCUGAAGGUCUACGUGGGGUCUCAGCCCUGCCAUAUUAUGGAAGUGGAAAACUCUCAGCUGGUCUGUCGCACGGGUCCCAGCGAGCGAACAGCAGACGUGGCCGUCAAAGCGUUGUUUGGAAAGGCAGAGAGAAUAGUACAUAACGUUACCUUCCGUUAUCUGAAGAAUCCCAAUAUCACUGAUGCCGCACCAACAGAGAGCUUCUUUGGGGGUGGACGUGCGAUCUCUGUUUGGGGCCAGAACCUGGACAUCGUACAGCAGCCUCUGAUGUCUCUCCUGUUUGAGCCGACGGGAAACUACCUGGUCCGCAGACGGAGACGCAGUCACAUUUCAGCAAGAAACCUGCACGUUGAUUUUAAUAACACUGUGCAAAAGAAACAAGGACGUUGUGAAGAUGUCCAGUCUGACCGGAUGACUUGUUUUACGCCCGAGGUGCCGCGGGACUCGCGGGUGACCAAGGUGUGGUUUCAGAUGGAUAACGUUCACAUCGAUUUUGAAAGCAUCAAGGGGAAAGCGUUCACGUACCACCCAAACCCGUACUUACAACCCCUCAACCAUGACAGUCCAGAUGAGCCCUAUCACUUCAAACCCACUUCAAACGGAGUGAUUGCUGUGGAGGGUAGAGAUUUGACCCUUGCGAUGACUAAAGAGGAAGUGGAGGCGUGGCUGGGCACUGAGAGGUGCGAGGUGAAGACUCUGGACAUUACGACCUUGUACUGCGAGCCGCCCGUGGAACAGCCCGAGAGCGAGGACUCUGAGCUGCCCCGGCUGCGGGUGGUAAUGGGUCAUUUGGUGUUUGAUCUGGGACCAGUCCAGUAUGACAGCAGCCCAUCCUCACCUGUGCCGUUAGUUGCUCAGGUGGGCCUGGCUGCCGGCGUGGCGGUGGUCGUCCUCAUUGUUCUGGUCAUCAUUCUUAUGUACAGGCGGAAGAGUAAACAAGCCCUGCGAGACUAUAAAAAGGUUCUUCUCCAGCUGGAAACUCUGGAAAUAAACGUGGGGGACCAGUGCAGGAAGGAAUUCACAGAUCUGAUGACCGAGAUGAUGGAUCUGAGUAGCGACGUGGGCGGUCCCGGCAUCCCCUUCCUCGACUACCGUUCUUACGCCGAGCGCGUUUUCUUCCCUGGCCAAAGGGGGGCGCCACUGAGUCAGAGCUUGGACUUACCAGAAUCCCGUCGGCAGACUGUGGAACAGGGUUUGAGCCAGCUUAACAACCUGCUCAACAACCGCCUCUUCCUAAUCCGGUUCAUCCACACUUUGGAGGGCCAGGCGAGUUUUUCACAGCGUGACCGUGGUUACGUGGCUUCCUUGCUCACCAUGGCUUUACAUGACAAGCUUGAGUACUUCACCGAUGUCAUGAAGACCCUACUGGAAGAUCUGGUGCAGCAGUAUGUGGACAAGAAUCCUAAACUCAUGCUUCGCAGGACUGAGACAGUUGUGGAGAAGAUGCUGACCAACUGGAUGUCCAUUUGUCUCUACUCUUUCCUUAAGGAAGUGGCAGGAGAGCCUCUGUAUAAGCUCUACAGGGCCAUUAAGUACCAGGUGGACAAAGGGCCAGUAGAUGCAGUCACGGGCAGAGCCAAACGCACGCUGAACGACAGUCACCUCCUCAGAGAAGGCAUAGACUACUGCUCUAUGACUCUCACCGUGCAAGUGAAGAAUGGCGUGGAGGUGCAGCCCUGCCCCGUGAAGGUUCUGGACAUCGAUACCAUCACACAGGUUAAGGACAAAAUCCUCGACCAAAUCUACAAAGGAGUGCCGUUCUCUCAGAGACCCACUGCCGAUUCCUUGGACUUAGAGUGGCGAGCGGGCCAGGCCGGUCACCUGACGCUGUCUGACGAUGACGUCACAGCCAUCGUGCAGGGUCAGUGGAAGAGACUGAACACUCUGCAGCACUAUAAGGUACCGGACGGGGCCACGGUGGCCCUUAUCCCUCGCUGUCAGAGCGCUGCUGUUACAGGAGUCAACCAGGUCUUCCAAACAGGAGAAAAGACGCCCAUGCUGGAGGGGGAGGAAGAGGAGGGUCUGCGGCUGUGGCACCUGGUGAAGUCCAGUGAAGAGCCUGAGAUCCCCAAACACAGGAAGAGCAGCAUGAGAGAGAGGGAGAGGGCUAAGGCUAUUCCAGAGAUAUACCUCACACGCCUGCUCUCCAUGAAGGGAACCUUGCAGAAAUUUGUGGAUGACGUGUUCACGGCCAUUCUCAACACCAAGCGACCACCUCCAAUAGCAGUGAGAUAUUUCUUUGACUUCCUGGAUGACAUGGCAGAGAAACAUGAGAUUCAUGACCCGGAGACUGUCCACAUCUGGAAAACAAACAGCUUGCCUUUACGGUUCUGGGUAAACAUCCUGAAGAACCCGCAGUUUGUGUUUGACGUGCAGGUGACGGACAGCGUGGACGCGGUACUCUCAGUCAUCGCCCAAACCUUCAUCGACUCCUGCACCACGUCAGAGCACAAAGUGGGCCGGGACUCUCCUGUCAAUAAGCUACUAUACGCCAGAGAAAUUCCUCGGUACAAACAGUUGGUGGAGAGGUACUACAGUGACAUUCACAGCGCAGCAUCCGGCUGCUACCAGGAAAUGAACUCCACUCUCACUGAGUUAUCAGGGAGCUUUGCCUCAGAGAUGAACAGUUUGGUGGCCUUGCAUGAACUUUAUAAAUACAUCAACAAGUAUUAUGACCAGAUCAUCAUGGCUUUGGAGGAAGACGCUGCAGGACAAAAGAUGCAGUUAGCCUAUCGUCUACAGCAGGUCGCCGCCCUGGUGGAGAACAAAGUCACGGACCUUUGA